AUGGCCUCAAAGCUGGUUUUGCAAAGAACGCUCUUCAGGUUUUUGCAACUGUUAUCUCCUACUUCUUCCAUUCAUGCAGUCCCGUUCCUUUCUGUAAAAGCUUCAGAAUUCACAUCCCUCUAUAGGAAGAAUAGCCUUCUUCCUCCUCUCUCAUCUUCUUCUAGAAGCUUGUGCUCUCGCAAUUUUAAUCUUGAUGAAUCUCAAGGCCCCCUGACUAUGGAUUACCGUUCUUUACUGGAGGAGGGUGAAUUCCACAGACUGGCUGAUUCCACAAUUCAUACAGUACAAGAGAAAUUAGAGGACUAUGGAGACAUGGUUGAAGUUGAUGGGUUUGACAUAGACUAUGGGAAUGAUGUUUUGACUAUAAAACUUGGGGAUCUUGGCACCUAUGUAUUGAACAAACAAACACCAAAUCGACAACUUUGGCUGUCUUCACCACUGAGUGGUCCGUCAAGGUUUGAUUGGGAUCGUGAUACAGAAGCUUGGAUUUAUAGACGGAACAAAGCAAACUUGAAUAAAAUUUUGGAAGGUGAGUUGGAGGAGUUAUGUGGCAAACCUAUAGUUCUUUCUUAA